CCGGGCGCCCAGGACGAGGGGCCGCAGACAGAGCCGGCCGGCUGAUGGGCGGAGCGCCGCCGCCGACGCACACGAGAUGACCAGGCAUUGAUGUACCCUCAGGAAGUCCACGCGCUCAAGGAGGCCAUCCCUGCUGGCUGCUGCUCACAUGGUUUCUGGGCCCCUGGCACUCCGGUGGUGUGCGUGGGCAGGGCGUGGGGACAUGGGGCCCGACAUGGAGCUGCCCAGCCACUCAAAGCAGCUCCUGCUACAACUGAACCAGCAGAGGACCAAGGGCUUCCUUUGUGAUGUCAUCAUCAUGGURGAGAACUCAAUUUUCCGGGCCCAUAAGAAUGUUCUGGCUGCCAGUAGCAUCUACUUCAAAUCCCUGGUCCUGCACGACAACCUCAUUAAUCUGGACACAGACAUGGUCAGCUCCACAGUAUUCCAGCAGAUCCUGGACUUCAUCUACACAGGCAAGCUGCUGCCCAGCGACCAGCCAGCUGAGCCCAACUUCAGCACUCUUCUCACUGCCGCCAGCUACCUCCAGCUGCCUGAGUUGGCAGCCCUCUGCCGCCGCAAACUCAAGCGAGCUGGCAAGCCCUUUGGCUCUGGACGGGUUGGGGCUGCUGGCAUGGGGCGACCAUCCCGUAGCCAGCGGCUAUCCACAGCCUCUGUUAUCCAGGCUCGGUAUCCAGGGCUUGCGGACGGGCGCAAAGGAACCCACACCCACCAGGAUCUCCCACCAGCCAAAGGCUCAGAUGAUGAGCUUUUUCUCAGUGGCUCCACCCAGGAGAGCACACAUAGCCUGGGCCGGGGGGUCUGCCCAACCAGUGGAGAGGUAGGCCUAGGGGGCUGCAGUAGCAGCACCAAUGGAAGCACUGGGGGCUGUGAACAGGAGCUGGGUCUUGACCUGUCCAAGAAGAGCCCACCCCUGCCCCCCACAACUCCCAUACCCCACCUCACUCCUGAUGAUCCAGCCCAGCUGAGCGACAGUCAGCAGGACUCACCACCUUCGGCCUCUGCCCUUCCCAUUGCCAAUAGUGCCUCUUAUGCUGAGCUGGGAGGCACCCCUGAUGAGUCCAUGGAUCUGGAGGGGGCUGAGGAUAAUCACCUGAGUCUGCUGGAGGGGUCAGGUGGGCAGCCUCGGAAGAGCCUCCGGCAUUCAUCCCGCAAGAAGGAGUGGAGCAAGAAGGAUCCUGUGGCUGGCUCCCCCUUUGAGCGGAGAGAAGCAGGGCCCAAGGGCCCCUGCCCUGGAGAAGAGAGUGAGGGGCUUGGGGACAGGGUUCCCAAUGGCAUUCUAUCUGGCAGUGUUGGGGGAGGAGGCCCCAGUGGGCCCUAUGGGGAUCCCUCAUACCCUUGCAAGGAAGAGGAGGAAAAUGGGAAGGACGGGAGUGAGGACAGUGGGCAGAGUGGUAGUGAGGGGGGCAGUGGCCACCCUGGCGCCCAUUACAUGUAUCGGCAAGAGGGCUAUGAGACAGUGUCAUAUGGAGACAACCUUUAUGUGUGCAUCCCUUGCGCCAAGGGCUUCCCCAGUUCUGAGCAGCUCAAUGCCCACGUGGAGACACACACCGAGGAGGAGCUGUUCAUCAAGGAGGAAGGGGCCUAUGAAACUGGCAGCGGGGGUGCUGAGGAGGAGGCAGAGGACCUGUCGGCGCCCAGUGCAGCCUAUGCUGCUGAGCCCCGGCCCUUCAAGUGCUCUGUCUGCGAGAAGACUUACAAAGACCCAGCUACUCUAAGGCAGCAUGAGAAGACACACUGGCUGACGCGGCCCUUCCCUUGCAACAUCUGUGGCAAGAUGUUCACGCAGCGUGGCACCAUGACCCGCCACAUGCGAAGCCACCUGGGCCUGAAGCCCUUUGCCUGUGACGAAUGUGGCAUGCGUUUUACCCGCCAGUACCGCCUCACUGAGCACAUGCGUGUGCACUCAGGUGAGAAGCCAUAUGAGUGCCAGCUCUGUGGGGGCAAGUUUACCCAGCAGCGUAACCUCAUCAGCCACUUGCGCAUGCACACCUCCCCCUCCUAGAAGCCAAAGACCCGCGGGCACCCUCUUCAGACUCACCACUUGGGAACCCACGGAAGAAGCCAGGAGGCA